ACGGCGAUAAACAAUAUUUGUAGUGUCUCUGAUUAAAUCUUGUAAUUUUUCCAACUUUUCCAAAAUAUUUUGUAGUUUUCUUGGCAUUUUCCUCCGAUUUCUAUCUUAAUCAAGUUUAAUGUGCUAAAAGUUACACCAAUUUGCUGUUAACCAACGUUUUGAAGAAAACAAUGAAAAUUCUUACAGUGAAGCAAUGCUGUUUUUGCGUCGAUUUAAAAAUUGCUGGCAUAACUUUGGGCGUGUUGGACAUUUUAUUGCAUUUCUAUUUGAUUUGUAUGGAAUAUUUUAAGGUUCAAAAUAUGUAUUAUUCAGAUCCAUAUUAUGAUCCACUUUGGGAAGGCAACGCCAAAGCUAAAUGGAUAAUUGCGUUGAAUUGUAUUGCUAUAUUCGUUGGGGCGUGUUGGAUUCGUGGGAUUUUUCAAGAGAAGCCGAGGUUAAUGCUGCCUACACUUUUUACAACAUCCGUUAUAAUUGCUUACCUCAUUUUCUCCUCGAUAGCCGCACUUUGUGCGUCAUCGCAAUUCGACGAAUACACAAUUUUUGAAAUUUUAGUUUUACUUUUGCUAUUUCAUUUUUGGUUGGUUCAAUAUUCUCUAUACAAAUCAAUAAAGGACAUUGACAAUAAUAAUCGAAGCCAGAGUAGGAAUGUGAAUGAAAAUGAAACUCCAUAAAUUUCGUUUGGAAGGACUUUGUGGGAACAGAGUGGUUUAUUUUUAAAGUAACGAUGAAAUACUUCUUUCUCUAAUUACUUACAAUUUUCAAUUUACUAAUAAAAUAUAACUUAUAUAAUAGCUUGAACAAAUUAAAAUUAUAAAUAAAGGUAUUGUUUAUUUUAUUAC